AUGCAAACAACAGAAGGGAAUGAACAUACUCCAUCAUCAUCACAGCAAAUAGUCGCUACCUCUAAUAGUGCUGAUCAGACAACAACAACCUCAAAUUCUGUGAAUACACACAACAUCGCAGAGAGUGGUAAUAAUUCCGAAAAUAAUAAGAGAAAGGAACCACCUACCUCAUCAUCAUCCGAGAGCACAAACAAUAAUCAACAGGACCAAGAUAAAAACAAGAGAAGAAAGGGAAAUAAUGGUAAAACCAAUAAUAACAACAAGAAUAGAGGAAAGAAAGGAGCCGAGUCUGAAAAAAUUGUGGAUACCGAAUGGGGAAAACCAAAUCCGAACAAGGUCAAGAAUGAGAAUGAGGAGAAAUAUCAAAAGAGAAGAGUAGCCUUGUUCAUUGGAUAUCUUGGAACGAAUUACAAUGGCUCACAAACAUCAAAUUUUACAAAUCCAAAUAUUGUCACAGUGGAAGAAACCUUUUUCAAAGCCUUAUGUAAAGCAGGUGGAGUUGCAGAACACAACAGCACAGAUAUGAAUAAGGUACAUUUUCACAGAAGCUCACGUACCGAUAAAGGAGUUCAUGCAGCUUCCAAUGUUCUUGAAAUGAAGCUUCUCUUAAAACCAGGCUUAUUAGAGGAAGUGAGGAAACUUCUUCCGGAUGACAUUAUUUUUUAUGGAUUUAAGAGAGUGUCCAAAUCGUUUCAUGCUAAGGAUCACUGUACAGCAAGAACCUACGAAUACUUGUUACCUGCUUUUGCUCUUACAAAAGAUCCACACGCUAAAGAAUGGUUCAGAACGACCAACUUGGAAAAGAUUACUGACACAGAUAUUGAAAAGAAUGGCCUACUCGAUAUUUACAAUUGCAAUAUCACUUCUGAAGAUGUGGAAAUGGCGAAUAGAGUUUUGAAAAACUUUGUUGGAACUCAUAGUUAUCAUAACUACACUCAAUUGUCCAAAGCAAAACCCAACUCAUACAAUAGACAUCUUACAAAAUUUGAGUGUUCGCAUCCAUUCGAAAUUUCAGGAGUUAAGGUUGUUAAAUUAACAGUAUGUGGUAGCUCAUUCAUUUACAAUCAGAUUCGAAAGAUGGUUGGAUUCUUUAUUGGAGUCAUGCGUGGCGUUUUUGAUGAGAGUGAAUUUGCCUUGACAGUCGAUAAGGAAAAGGCUGUACCUGUUCCACUUGCUCCUGCCAAUGGCCUUCUGUUGUGUGAACAAGAAUUUAAAAGAUAUAACGCGAAAGCUGGUUCUCAACUUCACGGAGCAGUUUCAGCUGCAGAUUACGCCAUUGAAAUUGAAGAAUUCAAAAAGAGAAUUUACUCACACAUGCUCCAAGUUGAAAAGGAGACUCAUCUGAUGGGUAAAUUUUUGCUCUAUCUUCGAGGCUGGCUUUUCGUUAAACCUCCAAAGGACGUCAGUGGUGAUGUGUCUUCGGAAGCCAAUGUGGAAAUGCUCGGUGAAGAGUCGGAAGAAGUGCUUGAUGUCCCAGAAGAAGAUGAAUAA